AUGACGGUCGACCUUACAGAUGAUCUGCUAUAUGGGAACUGCUGCCUACCCGUUUCCACUCACAAGCCUGACCAGAUCGUGGAUGGCGAUACCUACACCUUUGCCUCUCACAUCAUCCAGGCUCUAUACGAUCCGACGGGUAAGAGACUCCGCGAUAUUGACACAGCAGCCAAGGAGCUCAGUGAAGUCCACAAGACCGACGAGCUCGACAUGAAGUCCGAAGUGUGCAGGACUUUGUGGCAGCUUCGCGAGCAGUCGCGGUCCGACAAAGAUCUCUUGCACACACUGACCGGCCUGUUUGUCCGCGAGAUACCGCACAUUGUCUCUUACCACAUUGCCGUGACCCGAAAAUCCCGGCCGGGACUUCCCGGACGGAUUCGAGAUGGUGCCUGUAUCGCUCAUCCGUCCGAGAUGCUGUGGGACAAGCGAAGAAGGUCGCUGAGAAGUGCUAAGGAUCAUCAAGGCACAAAGGGAGAAAGAAGAGCUCAGGCUGGCUGCUUCGGAAGUGACGAAAGAGGAGGGGCUCUCGACGGGCGUCCAGGGCCGCACAUGGAGGGCAAAGGGACACAGCGUCGGGAGCUCCCUAUGCUCUACCAUGAUCCUACCCCUGACAGCGUGAAAGGAUCUGGGCUGAGGGCGACCCAAGAGAGCCUGGAUCAAGGCACUCGCGCAGCCGCCCAGCGCCUCAGGGACCUCACUCUUCCCCCCAGGACGCGCAUGAGGCGAGACGGCAACAUGUCGAAAUCGGAUGUCCUCACGGCGAUGAUCGCCGAGGCCGACCACGAUCUCACUCUCUACGACUCGGAGAGUGAGAUGGCGACAGAAGCCAUUGACGCAUCAUCAAAGCUGCUGCGUGACACCCAGGGCCGCUGCAGUGAUACCAGAGUCUCCCGCACGGGCACCGAUGUGCUACACAUCGGCGGUUCCCCGGUCCUCAGCAAUGACCCGGCGUCGAGCUCUGUCGCCGCAGCCGUGAUCAAGCCCGAAACGAAGGACGAGACACAGACUGCCCAGACAGCUGAUUCCGAGCCUGAGGCUGGGCACGGCGCACCCAAGGCGGACGACGAUGAUGCAGGAAGUGAGACUGGCACUGUCUCUUCGGGCACCGUGUGCGCGGCUACGGAAGGCGACAAUCUCGAAGACUUCGAGCUGGUCCCCAGUGCAGAAGAAUUCGAAUUUGCGCGCGGGGCCGAUACCGAGGACGACGACGAUUACAAAUUUUCGAGAGAUUCACAAGCUGUCGAGAAGUGA